AUGAUGCAACUAUAUACUGAGGAUACCUAUGAGAUCGAAGGGGAGACCUUCUUCGGGUACCUGCGUGGGGGGUACACAAAACUUGAACUAAUUAGUAUGGAUGACUAUGCAGAUACACUGGGUAUCGAACUUGUUCCUUGCAUUCAGACGUUAGGCCAUCUAGGACAGAUUUUGCAAUGGCCAAAAUACCACAUUUAUCGCGAUACCAACGAGGUCUUGUUAGCCAACUGGGACGAGACCUAUAACCUCAUCGAAAAGAUGAUUAGAGCAAUCAGCUCCCCUCUGCGUUCCAAGCGUAUUCAUAUUGGGCUCGACGAAGCAGGUGGAGUAGGUGAAGGUCGUUAUCGCCAGAUUUUUGGAUAUGAGGAACCUACUCGUGUCUUUCUCAACCAUCUAAAGCGCGUCCAAGAAAUUUGCAAACGGUUGGACUUGAAACCGAUGAUCUGGUCUGACACCAACAAAAACAACAGUUUAGCAGGUUAUUACGAUGGUGGCACGCCGCAAUUGGUGGAUACUCUCCCUCCAGAAAUUGAUCUUGUUUACUGGGAUUACUAUCACACUGCCAGUCAAUCGUAUUCGACCAAAAUUGAGCAGCACCGAGAGUUGGGGUGCCCAAACCCAUGGGUGGCAACUGCCGCCUGGACUUGGAACCGCUUUUGGACCGCGCUUCCAUUUACUUUUGCGACCAUUCAGGCAUCAUGUCAAGCCUCGAAGAAGAAUGAUCAUGGUGUGAAGAAUAUGAUGAUCACCAUUUGGGGCGAUGAAGGGCAUGAGUGCGAUAUGUUCUCAGCUUUGCCUGCCAUGUAUUAUUUUGCAGACCAUGGAUACACUCUUGAAGAUGAGAUUGACCUUGAUCGCCUAAAGAGUUGUUUCGAAGGCGUCUGUGGAGCUAACUUUGAUGAUUGGGUUUAUGCUAGCAAGAUUGACCAGGUGAUGGAUUCUGACAUGCCACUAACACUCAAAACACAUUUUGCGCCUAAUACUAGCAAGUACUUGCUCUGGGAAGACCCCUUCUUAUCUCAUAUCUCACCUCAAUAUGGGCACAUGGACCUGGAGACUCAUUACAGCGAAGUAGCUCAGAAACUAGCCAAGGCUAUGGAAUUCAAAGAGGAGCAUCCCCAAAACUCACGUUUGCGAAUGCCCUACCUUGUGGCCACAGCCCUGAGUCUCAAAUGCCAUCUGCAUUCACGCCUAGCUUUAGCAUAUCAGCUUGGACAUCGACAGGAGCUCUACGAACUGACAGAGGGUCGACUGGUGGACUUACAAGUAGCUGUAGAUCAGCUCUGGAAAUAUCACCGGUCAUUGUGGCAUAAAACCAAUAAACCCUUUGGCUGGGAAGUUGUGGAAAUGCGAUAUGGUGGGCUCCGUACCCGUCUCUUGACCAUGCGAGAUCGCAUCCUCGAAUAUAUUGAAGCUUCAGAGAAUUGGCAACAGCAGCAGCAACAACAGCAGCUACAAGUGACCACAGAUGUGAGCUCUGCCUCUAUUGGUAGUCAGAAUGGCGAAAGUAGUUGCUUGAAUGGCUAUAUGCAUCAUCGACGUGAUAGCUUCGGUGAUAACGAUGAUCCUCGCCCAUGUAUACCUGAGUUUGAGACAGUUCGAGAGCCCAUGUAUGAGUAUGCAGGCUGUAACUUGCUUAUGGACUAUGCUAGGGUUUCAACUCCUUCGCGUCCAGGUUAA